CCUUUCUCUUGUGUGGAUGCAGGAGCUGGUCAGACUGACCAUCGAGAAGCAGGGGCGUCCAUCGCCAACGAGCCCAGUGAAGCCCAGUUCCCCGGCCGGCAAGCCUGACGGUCCAUCUGAGCUCCCCCUGUCAGACCGAGAGAUGGAGAUCCUAACCAAGACGGCGGGGGUGUCACAGCCCGCCGAGCCCCUCCCAGAUGCCACGGAUGAAGAGGUGGCACCCCCCAAGCCCCCUUUGCCCGGUAUUCGGGUGGUUGAUAACAGUCCCCCACCAGCAUUGCCACCCAAGAAAAGACAGUCGGCACCUUCCCCUACCCGAGUGGCUGUGGUGGCCCCCAUGAGUCGAGCCACCAGUGGCUCCAGUUUGCCUGUUGGGAUUAAUAGGCAGUCAACAGGGCCGCUGGGCAGGGCGUGA